CUCGACGAUUAGAUGGACUUUGGCACCAGCACAGUUUCGCUUGGGCUCACCCGAUCUUCUCUAGGGGAACGAGUACGCCUCUAGCCUCUGUCUAGAUACGUUGGGCCAGAGAAUCUGGAGGAACUUUAUAGCAAGCAUUUGAUGAAGGUGCGGGCGAACGAACGCUCCCGGCCUUCCCACUAUCUGUUGGUGCCGCAAUCCAGAUUUAGAAAUGAGGUCUCUCUAUAGUAGCCCGUUUGGUAUCCAAGACGGACGGUGGCCGUCAACAGCGAUGUCCGUUGUGGCCACUGGGAUACCUCGUCCGCUUAAUCGAGCACGGUGGUCAGUUCAUCCGCGCGCCGCCUCUCCGCACCUUAAGAAGGAGAGCCUUCUAACGCCACCCAGUGGCAGCAGCGGCCGAGUGAAUGGGUCGAGUGUGACAGUCGGUUCCGCUGUCUCCCUGAAGGAAGUCCAUCUCGGCCUCACUAAUUGCAGUAACACGUCUCCGGUACCGCCUCAAGCGUCGCAGGUGACGCCGGUGUCGACGACGAACGGUGGCGGCAACGGCGGUUUGGGCGUUCUCGGUUCGUUGGGUGCAACAGCUGCUUCCCUAUCAUCGCCUCUUCUCGGCGCUCCGACGACUCUAUCGACCAGCGUGUCAGGCCAGUCAGGCACAGGUGGUUCACUCGGCGGGGGCGGUGGCCAACAGACGCAGACUAAGUCCAACCCAUCAAAACGCCACCGCGAGCGUCUUAACGCGGAGCUGGAUUCACUCGCUUCUCUACUUCCAUUCGAUCAGAGUGUGCUAUCUAAACUCGACAAGCUCUCCAUCCUGCGACUAUCCGUAUCCUACCUGCGCACUAAAAGCUAUUUCCAGGCAUCUCAAGCUUUAAGUGGUCAUCAUCAUUCAAAAAGCCGCGAUCUGAUGUAUCUGGAAUCGCUCAUUGAGGGUGAUCUCAUACUACAGCAGGCUCUGAAUGGCUUUCUGCUCAUUCUAACGUGCGAUGGAGAGGUGUUCUUCGCAUCGCAUACCGUGGAGACCUAUCUCGGCUUUCAUCAGUCCGAUAUUUGUCACCAGAGUGUCUACGAGCUAGUUCAUUCUGAGGACCGCGAAGAGCUACAGAGGCUUUUAAUGUGGAAUUCGCAGUUGCCCGCAGAUCGGGCUAACAUUUCUGUGCAACAUAUGCUUCAGUCGUCAGAACUUCACCGGCAUUUAGACCGAAAUUUUACAGUUCGGUUUCGAUGCCUUCUUGACAACACUUCAGGAUUUCUCCGUUUGGAUAUUCAGGGCCGUAUCAAAGUACUUCACGGACAAAACCAUAAAACGGAAGAUCCACCCCUGGCACUGUUUGCGCUUUGCACCCCAUUUGGACCGCCAUCGUUACUGGAAAUGCCGCAGAAGGAGAGCAUGUUCAAGUCGAAGCACAAGCUGGACCUGUCGUUAGUAUCGAUGGACUCGCGAGGCAAAGCGUUGCUCGGGCUGACAGAUCAGGACAUUGGAGCGAUGCGCGGAGGCUAUGACCUUGUCCAUCCGGACGAUCUCGCUUACGUUGCAUCUGCGCACCAAGAACUGUUGAAAACGGGCGCGUCAGGUCUGAUCGCGUACCGGCUGAGUGCUAAUAGUGAAAACAAUGGCACGAGUAGCUGGCAGUGGCUGCAGACAAGUACGCGGCUCGUAUACAAAAAUAGCAAGCCCGACUUCAUACUUUGCACGCAUCGGCCACUCAUGGAGGAGGAAGGCCGUGACCUACUGGGUAAGCGGACAAUGGAUUUCAAGGUUACUUAUUUGGAUACGGGGCUGAACCAGCUUCUGGCUGGCUCGAUCUCGUCACCCGACUCACCUCCGCUACCUGAUUGUACUACAGUGGUGAACAGCAACGGUUGCAAUAAUGGUACAACCCGAAUUAUUAGCAACGACAGUGCGAGUUCCGAAAAGCCUCGAAGAAAGUACAAGAAGGAUAGUGCUGGAAAUAACAAUAAUAAUAACAAUAACCACCAUCACCACCAUCAUCAUCAUCACGCGAUGCUCGGGUCACACGCACCCAGCUCGGGCGGAGGUAGCAAGAAGCGAAGCAACAAAAACCCUCAUUCACCUGACAGUUGUGCGCCACCACCGAUGACGCCUAUGGCAAUGACCGCUGCAGCGAUGCAAUUGCCCACCGCCGCGACUGCUUACCACUUAUCCGGAGUAUCCACAAUGGACCAUUCUGACCCCGCUGCGUACAAUGCCUCGAUGUAUCCCAGUCCCUAUACACACCCUGAGCUCGGCGGUUACACGGCGGCCACGCAGGCGAAUUUUUUGUUUGACAAUUCACGUUCGUUUCUAACGGCGCCAGCCGACUUUCUACACUAUCGACACCACCCCCUGAGCGGAUACUAUCCGACAAGCGACUAUCCGCCGCCACCGCAGCACUAUUCUCCAUUCCCAGGUAACGCUGCCACAUACGAGCAUUCCAAGGAGACGCUCGACACACCGCCAGGUAUCGCUGGACACGGCAAAUACCAGCAUGAUUCGCCGCCAGCGUCAUCACCGUAUCAUCACCAUCAGCACACGUCGCCCCUAUUGGUGCAGCCAACGCCCGGUCACGCUCACUUGCCAACGCUGCUCCCGACUGGAACGACAGAACCGAUUCGCGUCAAAAGUCCCGCGUCUCCAUUAACGCUCGAUUCGACUCGACAGAGCGUGCUGAUGUGGGGUCGUGGCGGAGGCGUCGGCAUGGGUGUUGGAGUGGGAAUGACGGUUGGAGGCGUCGGGGGUAUGGCUCACCAGUUGAGUGUGGGCGGAAUGACACCACAACCUGCAGUAGGGAUGUAUGGCGUCUCGAUGGAGGUGUCUUCCCCCGGGCACACCGCUGUCGAACUCGCACCACCCCCAGCUGCAUACACAGCUGACAUGGUUAGCGGGGGCUCUGGAAUGAGCGAAACCACUGUCGGAGUUGGUGUAGGUUGGCAUCAUCACCAGGAGGUGACGACUGCUCCUUGGAGACCGCAUCUACCGGCUGCCCUUGGUUGAGCCAUAUCGCGUGGGUCCUCAAACAACAAACGGGGCAAAGCGGGCAAGGCACCGGACCACUGCGUUCUCCCGGCGGCGACCAAUGGAUCUUCCACCUCCCUAUCGCUAUGCUUGUUCUAUAGCUGCUCUGCCCUUACUAGUCACUUACUAGAAAUAUCAAAACUAAUCAUAAACAGGAAGAGCACACGCGCGGGCGAAGGCGGAGACUUGACGUUUGCGGCAGCGUGAAUGAAGCAAAGCGAUGCUAUUUGAUGCGACGGUUCUGUACAUACAUACAUUCAUGUAAUAUAGCAGACACCCUUAUUACUGCAUGUGAAAAAUAAAGUAAUUAAAAUAAAAUCUGUCAUACUAAGACGACAUACGAGUGUCGUAAUAUAUUCUAGAUUAAUCACAUAGGAAAGGACUAAACAAAUGACGAUUCUGAACGACGUCCGCCCGUUUCCAAUAUUGAGAAAAGAUUCAAGCAGCGUGACCAACGAAGGGAAGCUAAUCGUACUGCUUUCCUUAGUGCAAAGGCUAGAGCCAGUGGGCGGGAGACAAAAUAAUUGAGGAGAGAUGGCGAUUUUUUUCCUAAAUGCUACUCUCCAUCAUUCAGUAAAGACAAUGUCCUUUCCACCACCCACAAGAGCACUCGUACACCGCCCAGCACUUCUGCGUGGCUUAGAAACAGAGCCUCGUGUGAAAAAAAGCCGAUCAUAACAGUGUUAACCGUAUUUUAUGAGUCUCCUAUAUUAUGCGCGCAUAGAUUGCAGUAAAAAAGUAAGUGGAUCUAAGGUCCAGACAAAGGUCACGAAGUUGAUUUAUGAUCAUCACAAUAGAGAGCGACCGGUAAAUGAUACCUAUUUAUAAAUGACGUCUACGGUACAGAUCCGCAUCAUCAGUAGUCGUAUUCGAGAUGACACAAAACAGUACCCUGAGCUGGUCACUAGCAUAAACGCAUGUAAAUAAAAGCCUUUAUAUAGGAUGUAUAAAGUUGAUACAUAUCUCGGACUUCCAAAUUAUAUAUCAUAUCAUAGGGCCACCGUAGCUACUUAGUCUGUUUGAAUAAGACGCUAAAAUGAUGACGGAUAUGAAGUCUGAAUGCAACUAGAAUUCAUAGACACCUUAUUGUCAAUGCGGUUGUAAUAGCUCCAGCAAGAUUCAGAUGGCUAGGGGCAAGCUGGCGGAGGGGGCUACGGCAGAACAGAUAAACGUGAUCUACGAAAAACAGCAACAACAGAAACAAUAGUAGCCGAAACGGGGCCUUUCUUCUGCGAAAAUCGCAUACAUUCAAUUAUACGUGUGAACAAUCGAGGUCAUUGAUGAUGCCUGCUUCUCAAACUGUUGGCGGGAACGGCGAAGCAAGCGAGGAUACACCCUAUUUAGGCAGGCGCUACUUGAAUGCACCUACGGAAACUACGCAAUUACAUCGUUAAGAACGAGACAGAAAGAAAUAGAUGCCGGGCGGAUAGAGCAAGAAAAAAUGGGCAAGGGAGAAUCGAUGCGUGUGCGCACUUGAGAGCACCGCCAUCCAGCACACGCGUCGCUGGUCAAAUUUGUGUGUGUAUAUAGAGUGUACGUAAUUCAGCUAAAACUAUCUGAUUGAUAAUACUAGUAUGAUAUUAUAAUUACUAUUACGAAUAAAGUUCAUAUGCCUCCAUAGCCUCUGCAACAAAGAAGGGCAAUGUUUGGGGGUAACUGAAUGAGCUUUGUAUUUACCAUGAAACGACAACAACGACGAAAGCGAUGACCUUAUUUACAUCUAUGUUCUAUAAAGUGAUGAGCAAAAGAAUGUCAAUGGUAAUUGUGGUUCUUAUUAUGAUGUUAUUCAAUUUAUUUAAUUUGGGUCGCCUGUUUCUUUAAUGUGUCUAAGUAAAAAAACGUGUCCUAAAAGCUAAGCACUUAUCUCGCUCAUGACAACAGCAUGGUAAAUGCGUUACAAUAGAAUGAGUUGAUGUGUUAAAUAAAAGUGUAUGGCUUAAUCGGCGCAACAUCAAAAGCUACAAUAUAAUAAUACAUCAUGCCCUUACUAUAGCAUUAAUUAUAGUAGCUAUAAUGAUAUUGUUAUUAUUCAUUGCCCAGUGCCGUUGUCCGAAGGGAAAGAAAGACGGGACGCAUCUAGACCACGAUCGUAGAAAAUCACUUAUAGGGGAAAAGGAGAGAAAGCUUGGCAAACGGAAAAGAUAACUAUUCUUUUUUUUGUUAGUGGAAACAGCGAUUGACGGACCAGCUGUUGACGAAUAGAAUUUAUUCGAGUGAAUGUCUGAAUGUAAAGUUUAGAUAAUAAUAAAAUGA